ACAAAGUUAUUGCAUAGAGAGAGAGAAGAAAAAGAGAUGGCAUCUCAUAUUCUCAAUGUUCUUUCACCGCUACUUGUUUUGGUUCACAUUGUUAUUUCAUCCGGACCGGAGUUAUCUGAGGCUGCUAGAGUUUUCACCGUAAUCAACAAUUGCAAAGAGACUAUCUGGCCAGGAGUCACCCCUGGGGAGAAUUUCAAUGGUGGAGGUUUUGUAUUAAAACCGGGACAGUCCGCCAUCUUCACCGCCCCGGUCGGGUGGUCUGGCCGUAUAUGGGGCCGAACCGGCUGCAACUUUAACAAAAAUGGUGUCGGACCAUGUCAGACAGGGGCCUGUGGUGACGCCCUCAAGUGUGGCUCCUCAGGAAAGACUCCAGCAACACUUGCCGAAUUUACCCUUGCAGGUUUAGAUUUUUACGAUGUUAGUCUUGUUGACGGCUUCAACCUGCCCAUGGUUGUGACACCAAUCAACGGGCGGGGAAACUGUAGCAUUGCUGGGUGUGACGGCGACCUCCGGACAACUUGCCCCGCGGAGUUGUCCGUUAAGGCCAAUGGGAAGACCGUGGGAUGUCGGAGUGCCUGCGACGUGUUCAACACCGACGAGUACUGUUGCAGGGGUCUUUAUGGAAAUCCAGUUGUGUGUCAACCUACUUACUAUUCCAAAAAGUUCAAAGAUGCGUGUCCUAAGGCCUAUAGUUAUGCCUAUGACGAUCCAACAAGUAUAUUUACCUGCUCAGGAACUGAUUAUGUGAUUGCCUUUUGCACAAAAAGGACGCAACCAGUGUGCACAUACCACAACCAUAAGUUGGUGUGCAGCGGAUCAGAAAGCUUAAAAUCAUUGAUCGGAAGAUGGUGGUCUUUGAUGCUUCCUUUGUUCUUGCUCAUUAAACUAUGGAAUGUUUGGUAGAGGGAGUCUCUUUUUUUUUUUUUUUGGUAUUUAUAUAGUUUAGAGGGUUUCAUACUUUACGUUUCCAUAUAAAUUAGUAGUGCAUAAUUUGGGAGGAAAAGGAGAAUGUAAAUGGCUGUAAAUACAAAUUAAUUUGCCCAUUCCACUGUUCAUUUCAUUCAAUUCAAGGAAAAUUACAG